AUGAACAGCACACGGAGGGUUUAUCCUGGUGUUCCCUGCGUGCAGAGCUCUGCAGCUGCCCAGAACAGCAACAGAGGCUGCCAGUGCAGCGCUCGGUGCCGGUGCCCGGAGCAGGCCGAGCAGUGCUCGGUGCUGGUCCCGGUGCCGGUCCUGGUGCAGCGCUCGGUGCCGGUGCCCGGAGCAGGCCGAGCAGUGCGCCGCCUGCAUCCCUUCUCCGGAGCAAUCGGCUCUGCCGAGCACACACAGCGAUCAGCCGCCUCCAUCCCUUCUCCGGAGCGAUCGGCUCUCCCGAGCACACACAGCGAGCAGCCGCCUGCAUCCCUUCUCCGGAGCGAUCGGCUCUGCCGAGCACACACAGCGAGCAGCCGCCUGCAUCCCUUCUCCGGAGCGAUCGGCUCUGCCGAGCACACACAGCGAGCAGCCGCCUGCAUCCCUUCUCCGGAGCGAUCGGCUCUGCCGAGCACACACAGCGAGCAGCCGCCUGCAUCCCUUCUCCGGAGCGAUCGGCUCUGCCGAGCACACACAGCGAGCAGCCGCCUGCAUCCCUUCUCCGGAGCGAUCGGCUCUGCCGAGCACACACAGCGAGCAGCCGCCUGCAUCCCUUCUCCGGAGCGAUCGGCUCUGCCGAGCACACACAGCGAGCAGCCGCCUGCAUCCCUUCUCCGGAGCGAUCGGCUCUGCCGAGCACACACAGCGAGCAGCCGCCUGCAUCCCUUCUCCGGAGCGAUCGGCUCUGCCGAGCACACACAGCGAGCAGCCGCCUGCAUCCCUUCUCCGGAGCGAUCGGCUCUGCCGAGCACACACAGCGAGCAGCCGCCUGCAUCCCUUCUCCGGAGCGAUCGGCUCUGCCGAGCACACACAGCGAGCAGCCGCCUGCAUCCCUUCUCCGGAGCGAUCGGCUCUGCCGAGCACACACAGCGAGCAGCCGCCUGCAUCCCUUCUCCGGAGCGAUCGGCUCUGCCGAGCACACACAGCGAGCAGCCGCCUGCAUCCCUUCUCCGGAGCGAUCGGCUCUGCCGAGCACACACAGCGAGCAGCCGCCUGCAUCCCUUCUCCGGAGCGAUCGGCUCUGCCGAGCACACACAGCGAGCAGCCGCCUGCAUCCCUUCUCCGGAGCGAUCGGCUCUGCCGAGCACACACAGCGAGCAGCCGCCUGCAUCCCUUCUCCGGAGCGAUCGGCUCUGCCGAGCACACACAGCGAGCAGCCGCCUGCAUCCCUUCUCCGGAGCGAUCGGCUCUGCCGAGCACACACAGCGAGCAGCCGCCUCCAUCCCUUCUCCGGAGCGAUCGGCUCUGCCGGGCACACACAGCGAGCAGCCGCCUCCAUCCCUUCUCCGGGCGCUAGGAGAUCAGAUCCUCCUUCCUCACAGUCUGACUGUGUGAACUCUUCACACCCACACUUGUGUGACACUGAGCAGAGCCCAGUGCCCCAGGAACUGCCUGGGACACCUGGGACACCAACCCAGGCCAGGAAUUCUGCAUUCCUCAGACGGGGCAGUCAGAAAUAAUCCUGCAAUGAACAGAAAGUGACCCACAACUGAGUGACAUUAGAGCUCGAGGCACUUGUGAGGCACUGGUAAGAUUGGUGAGGGACUGGUCCUUGUUCCAGCAGGAGGAGGUGAACGUUGACCUUUCAGCUUCAGCAUCACAACAGGCAGAGGCUGUGAAGCUGGGAAGGAAGGAAAGAAGGAAUUAAUGAAGGCAUUGAAUCACACAAGCGUUUGGGUGGGAUGGGACCUUAAAGCACAUCCAGUUUCAUGUCCUUGUCG